CGCUCUUCCUCCCCUAUCUGCGUGUCCUGACCUUUGGUGAGUCGCUAAACGUCCCCGUGUCUCAGUUUCCUCACCUGUGGCUGCCGGCAUGAAAUGAAAUUAGGCACGUAGUAGGUGAUUAAGAAAUGGCACUUUUAUUACUCCAGCCCCGUUAAGCAAAAGCGUGAACUCUCGGAGAUGGGAAGCCCUGAAGCGUCGCUGUCGCUCAACCGGGUUUGAUGGUGGGCCUCCCCUCCCUCACCUGGGGCUCCAGGCCCUGCUGGGGUGCUUAUAUCGCUGGGUGCUGUCUCCCUCUGGCCGCCAGGCCUCAGAGUCGGCAGGGCCCCUGGGGCCUCCACCUGGAGGGGAGGCUGUCCCCCAGGUUCCCCCUGGCCUGGUGUCCUGAAUGGGCUGGCGGCCAGACAGCAUGAUGGGGUCUCCUCUGUCUCUUCACAGGGCCUGCGUUCUGCUUUGGGCCCCUGUAAGUGGACAGACAUGUCUCAGGAGGGGGCUGCAGAGGGCUCCAGCACAGAGGACCCUGCCCUCAGUCUCAACAGCCGUGGGCUUUUCCAGGAGGAUGUGGAAGAAGCCAGCUCCAUGUCAGGCCCCAGGCCACGCGUGCCAGGGGUGAACUCUGGGGCCCAUGUCUGGGCUGGCAGCAGGAAAAGGGUCCUGAGGGGAAGGACCCAUCGAGGUGCCGGCUCCCAGGCUGGGGGUGCUCCUGGGGCCAGCCUGGAGGCGGAGGCCCACUUGAUGGUCCUGGAGCUGCGAGCCAUGAGACAAAGCCAGGGUUUGGUGCCUGUCCCUGGGCUCCACUUGCAGCUGCCCAUAGUGCCUGCUCAGGGGAGGACUCGGGCCUCCAAGAGGCUCCAGGUUUCUCUGCACGACAUCUUAGCUGAAAGUCGGCCCGGGAAUCCUCAUGGCACGUCUGUGGGUCUCCCAGAGAGAGCUUUGGUUGGCAGGGAGAGGCUGGCGGGGCUGGAGGAGACAAGCUGCCCCCAGCCAGGAGAGGCCAGAGGAGGUGGGAGUUCUCCAGGGCGUGAUGAGAGAAGCCCCACCCUGAGCAAAGAGGAGCCCCCCAAAAGGAGCCUGCCAUUCUCACCAGGCCCAGCCCCUGUGGGGGCAAGAAAGGAAAACAGGAAGUGUGAGGCCCACUCAGAAGGUGGGGAGGGGGGCUUCUUGUGGUCCCCUGGUGGGGACAACCCCCAGUGUGUGGGAGGCCCCCCACCAGGUGCUGACUGGGAGUCCCUGGGAGACCUUUGCAGUCCUCUCUCUCCCAAGGACACUGGGUCUGGGCCUGGAGAUCCAGGUGGCAGUUGUGUGGGAUGUGUCUCGGGGACUGAGAAGUUUGAACAUUUGCCCACUGUGGGGAAUGGGGCCCAGCCAGUGAGCCCCUACGACCCUGUCGGGGUCCCACUGCUGGACGGAGGAUUGUCCCUCGGGCCAGCUGCCCGGGAUCCUCCACAGAGCUCUGUGCUAUGCCUGGAAGUGCCUGGAAAGGCUCUCACAGAGUGGCAAGAAGCUGAGCGCAUAGUCGGGGCCGGCUGUGAUGACGGGCCUGCUGUCUCGCACAACCAGGAGGAGCUAGAUGUCAAGGCUCAGCCAGAGUCCAGAGGGAGGCUGGGGCGAGGACUCCCUGCUCCCGCCGACGCCCCCGCCAGCUCCCUGGAGCCUGCAGCCAGCAAAGCUCGCUCAGGCCCAUCCGUGGGGCAGAGAAGAUCCAAGUGUGCUAGGAGGUUGAGGAGGGGCCCAAUGCCCCAUGCCCAGCACCGGGGCACAGACAACUCCAGCUGGGACCAGCCAGAGGAAUCCAGCGCAGGAAGCUUCCCCAAACUGCUUGGAUCCGGGGCAGUGGUCCAUCUCCUGGGGGCCAUCAGCUGUGGCCAGGCAGGGAAGCCACAACAUCCAAAGCUGGAGGUUCUGGAGAACAUGAUGGAGGCCAGCUCUGUAUCACCUGUCCAGAGGUCCAGAAGGAAGGAAAGGUCCGUGGCCCAAGGCCCCACUGGAUGCCAGGAAGGGGCUCCUGUUCAGGAGGCCUGUGCCAAAUGGCCUGGGGGAGGCCCAGGGGAGCCCGAAGAGGAGGAGCCUGUUGAACCAGACUGGAGGGAGGACUCAGCUCAGCUUCAGCCCCAACAGGAGAAGCUAUCCCUGGAUAUCGGGGUACGGGGCACUGUGGUCCACGCCAUGCGGGAGGUGCUGUGGAGUCGCCUCCGGGAGCUCCCAGACCUGGUGCUGAGUGAGGAGGCGGUGGGGGGCAUCGCUGCUGACAUUGAGGCAGCCCUCUUCGACCUGACACAAGCCACCAACUGCCGCUACAAGACCAAGUACCGCAGCCUGCUGUUCAACCUGCGUGACCCCCGCAAUCCGGACCUGUUUCUCAAAGUGCUUCAGGGCGAUGUCACCCCCCACGGCCUGGUGCGGAUGAGCUCAACCCAGCUGGCCCCCCAAGAGCUGGCCCGCUGGCGGGACCAGGAGGAGAAAAGGGGCCUGGAGAUCAUUGAGCAGCAACAGAAGAAGCCGUGCAGCCUCCCGGCGUUCAAACUGACCCACAAGGGUGAAGUCGAGAUCCUGCGGGACGGGGACCAGACACUGACCCUGGAGGAUCUGAUGGGACCCAUGGUGUCCGUAGACAGUAGCCCACUGGCCCUGCCUGCCACGUCAAAGGACACCACGGAGCAGUACGAGGACACCACGGAGCAGCAUGAGCACCAUUUCCUGGACCCCAGCUGCCGCAUCUGCAUGGACUGGAAGCCCUCGUGUGAACUGCCAGCCUCCUUCAAAGCCACUGGGAGGAUAGGGGACAGUGUCUUCCAGAGAACCCCAAGCCCAACCCUGGUGUCCUCUCCAGCGAUGCCCCAAACCAGGGAGAAGCCUCCCACACAGCUCCAGGACAGGCUCCAGAUGCCUGCCGGGCCCACAAAGGCCCUGCCCAGCCAGCCGCCCUGGGAGGGAGCGCUGGACAUGUUCUCCAUCAAGCGGUUCAGGGCCAAGGCCCAGCUGGUCUCUGGAAACAGCUGUCGGCUCCUCAUGGCCCUGCCCGAAGUGAUCCGUUCAGCAGGCUGCAUUCCCUCCAAUACUGUCUGGGAUCUUUUGGCCAACAUCUGCCCAGCCGAGGCCAAGGACAUCUGUGUGGUCAGGCUGUGCCCACACGGGGCUCGGGACACCCAGAACUGCCGCCUGCUCUACUCCUACCUCAACAAUAAGCAGCGCCAUGGCCUGGCAGCCGUGGAACACGUGGGGAUGGUCCUGCUGCCCUUGCCUGCCUUCCAGCCCCUGCCCGCCAGACUGCGCUCUCUGGGAGGCCCCGGCCUGGAAGCCGCUCACUCAAGCCUGGUGCUGGCUGUGCUGCUCCCCAAGGCAGGGCUUCCGGACACAGCAGAGUCCAGACCUCUGUGGCGGAAGGUUCAAAAGAUGGUCUCCUUCAACAGGAAAGUGGAGAUGAGAUGCUACCAGUCCGAGCACAGGAGUCCCAAUGUGGCCCCAAAGGGGUCCCAUCCCCCAGGGGAUACUCUGCAGCAGAACCAGGGCAAUAGCAGCCUGGCUCCAAGGGGAAUUUGUGCUUGGGAGAGGCCACCCAGAGGCAGGGGGAGACUGUGGGAAGAGCCUGAGACCUGGCAGAGUCCCGGGCGAGGGCAGUGGCCCCCCAAGCCAGGCCGGUGCCAAUCCAGGCACCCCUAUUCAGCAGUACCAUUUGGCCGUGGCCGGCACCUCCACAGAGCCUCCUGUCCCCACCAGGCCCUGCUCCAACAUCUUGAAUCCCUGGUGUCCAUGAGCCGUCAGCUCCAAGCCUCAAUGAGGUCCCCAGGCCAGGAGAUCCUUGCCCCAACUCCUGCCCUGUCCCCUGCAGCCCCUGGAAUUGUCGGCCUACUCGGUCAGCCCCCUGGAGCUCCAGAGCCCCGAAGCCCAGCUCCUGACUCUUUGGGUCCUACAGAUGGAGCUGGCUCUGAGUGUUCCUUCCCCAGAGAGACCUGACCCUCAUUACCCACCAGAGGAGAGUCUUUGAUUCCUUCCCCAGUGCUGAAUCCGGAGCUGUUCCAGGGAGAGAGGGGCAGAAGAAAGGGAGGGUCAGCUGUUUGGAGCUUUCUGUUCUGCAGUCUGCUUGGUGUUGAUUUUUGGUUCAAUAAAGAGUUUGGCAAAGGUCA